CCGUAUUGGCAACGGACGUAAGAAAGCCUGCAACUCUCAGAUAUAAACAGGAUUCCCUCUCCAAAGCCCCACCAUCACCACCCUCCAUUUUCAUCAGCCCAUCAUCCAUCUCUCAUGGCGUCUCUUCUCUUUCACAUCCUGGCCUCCAUCUUUCUCUUCUCCUACGGUAUCUACCAUCUCCUCCUCUCCAUCAAAUCCCACUUUAAAUCCCCUUCCCCUCCUCCUUCUAAACCAUACCAUCCCUUUCCCUCUUCAUCUUCUUCCCAUUUCCUCAAACACCUCCCUCUCUAUCUCAUCCUCUCUUCCAUUCUCCUCUCCAUUCUCUACCAUUCAAUUCUCUCCUCCAUCUCCGAUCCCCUCGCUCCCGUCCAUCGCAUCUCCUCCCUCCAGUCAGUCGCGUCCCUCCUUCUCUUCCUCCUCCUCUGUCUCUCCCUCCUAAUAUCCUCCUCCUCUUCUCCCCUCCUUCCUCUUCUCCCUUCCGAUCUCAUCUUCUGCCUUGCUUCCAUCGCCUUCGCCGUUCAGUCGUUCGUUUCUUUCUCCUCGUCCUCCCUCAAUUCCUCCAUUCUCCAAUCCAAAUGCGACUCCGUCUCCUCCAAGAUUUCCGCCGCUUCUGGCGUGCUCUGUUUCGCCCUCGCCCUUGAUCCUCGCCUCUUUGUUGCGGACAUUGCCCUUGCCGGCUCCCUCUGCCUUCAAGGGCUGUGGGUGCUGCAGACGGGGCUCUCGCUCUAUGCUGAUGGGUUCAUCCCCGAUGGUUGCCACCGGUUGCUGGAUGUCGUGAGAGGGAUCGAGGGCUCGACCAAGUGCGAUCUCGAGGAGAGCCAGCUGCGGGCCAUGGCGAUUCUCGAUCUGGUGUUCGUUUUCCAUGUGGUAUUUGUGGCGGUGAUCGUGUUGGUGGUUUAUGCGGUCAUGGCGAGGGCAGCUGGGGUCAGGCGGGUGGGCUCGUAUGAGGCACUGCCGACAUCGUUGGUGCCGGCCAUGGCAGUGGUGGGCUCAAACCAUGUGCAGAUGAAGGCGCUGACGAACACACAGGCAUGAUUGAGGGGUGGAGAUGCUCUGGCGCCCAGAGAUUGAGAUGGAGAUUAGAGUGGUUUAGUGAUGGUGAUGGGUGGUAGUAGCCUGAGUCAGCAUAUGAAGCUGGUGCCGACGGUUAUUACAGAGGCUUAAGAAGAUUGCUGAUUGCAGAGCUUGAGGAAGGUGGUGGCAGGUGGCCCCAUGGUUGAAGAUGACGGUAGGUAUGAUGGUUGACUAUGGGCUUUGGGUCUUUGUGUGGACCUGAUGGUUUAGUAUUUUGGGUGGUAAAGCUGAGGAUUGCAACAACAGGUUGUAUCCAGUGCUGGAGAAGUUGAUGAAGACGGUUAUGUGGCUCUUGUGUUUUGGAUCUAUGCACAGUGUGAAGCAAGUCUGAGUUUGGGGGUACUGCUUGGUCUGGAUUAUGGUGGGGUUGACAGGGAUGCACGAUCAGUCCUCAAUCAUGGGUUGUGUAGCCAAGGAUGUUGGUCUAGGUGUUGCUGUUGAUGAUGCUGAUCUUGGGCUGUAAGGCCAAGGACGGUGGUCCAGUUGUUGCUGUUAAUGAUGAGGAUUGAAGCAGGAUGCUGAUUGAGUGCCGAUUAUCAGAUCUGGUGGCGGUUUUUGGCAUGACAUUGUUGAGUCUGAUAGAUGGGGCAUUAAUUCUAAUGGCUGGACUGUGUUGGGUGCUAGGUCUUUCUUUCUUUCUUUCUUGGAUUAUUAGAGGCUCACCAUGGUGGGUAUGGAAGUUGGGGGGAUGCACAACUGGUCAUUUGAUGGUCUACUCUACUGGAGAUGAAUGGUGAAGAAGAUGAGUUGUGAGGGAGGGUUGUGAGGUACGAGAUGGGCAUUGAAGAAGAUGGUUUUGUUGCUGGUGCUUCCACGGGGUCACCCUUGACAGUGAUGGGAUGCAGCUAGAUGUGAUUGGUGGGUUACCAAUUUGGGAUGAUAAUAUAGGUGAUGGAGGAAUGGACAAGAUGAAGGGGUAACCUAUACUGGUCACGUUCGGACGUGACUGUCACGCCCCAAAUUCGGAGCCCAGGCACUACUACUUCCCAAGUCCUGAACUCAGGUCGGAGCAACUUCCUCGCCAUUUACUGGACUUGGUGAACGGUUAGCGAACUUCCCGACACCAAAUCCAGCUCAUGGCAGAGAUUUUUUUUAUUUUUUAUUUUUUUUCCUGUACAGUUAAUCUAUUUAGGCGAUUACACAUUUUGUAUAUGGUAUCAACGCAUAUUGAAGAGACGAAUCUGUUCGAUAU